UAAACAUGAACUCUGGCCGUGAAAUGACUGUAUUUUUGCACUUCCUGAAACAUGACAGGCCAUAGCGCUCAGUGGAAAUUAUUUAAGUUUCUCAAAGUGCUGCUGUUUAGUUUCAUAUUUUCGAUUACAGUUUUGUUCCUUGUUGCCACAGUUAGGACGUUUACAUUUGAUGCGGACGCGGGGCUUCAGUUGGGAAAAUGGGAAAAUACAACAGCCAUUUCUCUUCAUUUAAGUCCACAACAGAGAAAGAACCUGCUGGCAAAUUUCAAAGCGGCCAUUCAGAUACCCACUGUGUCAUUUACUGAGACAAAUGUGAGCACGAGCGCGCUGCGUGAGUUUGACGGGCUGCUGAGGAAGGUCUUCCCAAAGAUCUUCUCAUCCAGUCUGGUCCAACAUGAGAUGGUGGGAAACUACAGCCACCUGUUCACAGUACCAGGAAGCGAUCCUGAUCUGGAGCCGUACAUGCUGCUGGCACACAUUGAUGUAGUGCCGGCCGAUGAGGCGGAUGGGUGGGAUGCUCCUCCUUUCUCUGCUCAAGAGAUCAAUGGCUUCAUUUAUGGACGAGGAACCAUCGACAAUAAACAGUCUGUGAUGGGGAUCCUUCAGGCGUUGGAGUACCUGCUGGAACGAGGUUACACUCCUCGCAGAACCUUCUACAUUGGCUUGGGUCACGAUGAGGAGGUGAAUGGUUUACACGGGGCAGUCAAUAUCGUGAAGCUCCUGAAGAGUCGUGGAGUGAAGCUCCAGUAUGUUUUAGAUGAAGGCCUGGCAGUGUUGGAUGGUGUCAUAAGUGGCCUGGAUGGACCUGCUGCCCUAAUAGGUAUCAGUGAGAAAGGUCAGGCCACAGUAAAGCUGAGUGUCAGCACUCCUCCAGGACAUUCAUCCAUGCCUCCCAGAGAGAGCGGCAUUGGCAUCUUGGCUUCAGCAGUCAAAAGAUUGGAGGAAAAUCCAAUGCCCAGGCUGUUUGGUUAUGGUCCUGAGCGUGGCACGUUUGAACACCUGGCCCAUAAGUUUGGUUUGCCUCUCAGAUUCAUCAUGUCUAAUCUGUGGCUCUUCUCUCCACUACUCAGCAGGGUGCUGGAGAGAAAACCUGUCACAAAUGCUUUUGUGAGGACCACAACUGCCGUUACUAUGUUUAACUCGGGUGUUAAGAUUAACAUAAUCCCCUCAUAUGCUGAAGCUUUCGUUAAUUUCCGUAUCCACUCAGCCCAAACACUGCAGGAGGUUCUGGAGUUGGUCGAGUCAACUGUAUCAGAUGAGCGUGUGAAGGUAGAGCUGGUCAAUGGAUUCGACCCGCUGCCCAUCAGCUCCUAUGAUGAGCAGGCGUUUGGCUUCCAGAUCAUAAAGAAAACAGUGCAGGGCAUGUUUCCUCAGCUUACGGUGGCUCCUGGCAUCUGUGUUGGCAACACUGACAGCCGUCACUACAAGGAUAUCACGCAAGAUAUAUAUCGCUUUGCCCCGUCAUGGUUCAAACCAGGUGAUCCUCAGAGAUUUCACGGUGUGAACGAGAGAAUCUCCAUUAAGAACUAUGAAGAGAUUGUACUGUUCUACUUCCAGCUCAUCCAGAAUAAUGACAUCAGGAAGUUGCCGCCACCUCACAGUGGCCAGCAUGAGCUGUAAACGGUGGGACGUUACUUACACUGAUCUCAAGACACUGAAGUUUUAGAGACUAAGCUCAGGGAGCUUUGUUUUAGCAGAUAUGAAUUAAAAAUGUGAAUAAAAUGAAUGUAGCUUUAGAAGAACCACAAUGAAGAACUGAAGGUUGUGAAACAUUUCAGUCAUAAAGGUUCUUUCUUGCAUUUGAUACCGAGCAGAGCUGAAACACAAAGUAAUCAGUUGAUUGUCAGGUGUUGACAGCAGGACAUGGGCCUCCAUUCAUGCAUUUGGCAGAUGGUUUUAUCCAAAGUGAUUUAAGGUAUACAGUACGUAUACAAUCAUAAUAUCAUAUUACAUACAUAUUUUGUGUGUGUUUCUAUUUAAAUUGUAUUAUCACCCUGACCUCUAAGUAAUGGUUUUAGCCAAAUUACUGUAAAUUUGUUGGCUGAAUGACAAAGUAAACAUAAGCAAUCCUGACCAUAAUAAAAAACACCCUGAAGCAUCGCUGAACACUACUACAGUUCAACUGAGCUUCUUCAAAAACUGUACACAGAAGGAAGAAAGAAAGAAAGAAAGAAAAAAAGCGAGCUGUGUGAAUAAAUCAGACAAAAUUGGCAUUAUGAUGAUAAUUAAUUUUCAGGCUGAAUAGAAUUUUCAAUAAUUUUGAGCGUCACUUGUGUUUGAAGUGUGAGUGGGUGCAGUUAACUCUGGUUUAGUCUGCUUCAAAAUGCACAGUUAAUAUUUCUGACAUGGUCAGAUAUGCUGCUUUGGUGUUUUGAACUAACUUUCUGAGAGAUUCAUCUUAAAAAGCCUGAGCAGUAUUAUCUUUAUCUUACCUUUUAUAGUAUUUUCAUUGAUUCAGAUUUUAUUAAGGUUUAAGUUAACGCUGUGUUACAUUUUCAAAGCUUGCAUUAUGGGCCAAUAGAUAAGCAUUAGACUGAAGUGAUUUAUUAUGACUGCUUAUGUCUGGCUCUAUAAACAUCCUCUGCAAUAUCACUUGUGUCACAAAGUUGGAGCUCAACACAAGGCAAGGCAAGGCAAGUUUAUUUAUAUAGCACAUUUCAUACACAAUGGUAAUUCAAAGUGCUUUACAUAAAAGGAAGUAAAAUAGUCAUUAAAAAAAUAAUAAUCACAACAAUAAAAACAAGGAAUUAAAAAGAAAGUUACAAUAAAAUCAAAGAAUUAAAAUAAUAAUAAUCACAACAAUAAAUACAAGGAAUUUAAAAACAAACAUUCUCAAGAUUUGUUCAAACUCUUCUGCACUAAGUGAAAAAAACCUUCCAAAACACCUAACUAUUCCACUACUUCACCCCCUACUUUGACCAUCAUAAACCAAACAAAUAGAACUCAGAGGUCCUACUUUCAACUGAUCAACCAACACACUUGUCUUUCUUUGCCCACAUUCUCUUUACCAUCACAGCACUUAAGCCCGUUCACACCAAGAACGAUAACUAUAAAGAUAACGAUAUUAGUGUCCACACCAGCGGACGACAUCGUUUGUAUAUCUAAGCGCACGCGCGUCUGCCGCUUUAAACAGAGUGGGGGAACUAUGACGUCACUUUGUAGGCGGAUCGGCGGUUAGCAUGAAACUGGUUCCUCGACAAAAAGCCAAUAGGAUUUUUCCAUUGGCUUUUGGAUUAUCGCAAAAAAUAAACGUACAUGUUUUGUCCAUCAAGAUAAUCUUCACAAAAUAAUGUAUCUUUGAUGAAUUUUGAAGCCUAAAUACAAGCGCCAGAACUAAAAAGCUAAACUUAGGCUAUAAACGAACUACAGCACCACGGUUGCUUGCCUUCAACGUCACCACCAGCGCGCUCCCGACAACUGUUUCAAACUUAUUUUUAACAUGUUCAGUGAAAAGUAUUUACUCUGUAUAUGAAUUUUAAUCCACACUAUAUGAAGCUUAAAUACAAUAAUGGAAUAAAUACAAAACUAGAGCCAAACUAAAACUGAAACGAGACAGUAGUAAUAAAUAGUAUAGUGAAUAAAUGAAAUAAUCUUAACUAAAGGACAUUUGAAAGCACGUAUUUCUGUACAUUUUGAAAUAAGGUGCAUUAAAGUCAUUAUGCCAUGGUCUGUCUGAAUACUCGAUUCUGAUUUGCUGGCAGGUGUUGAUUAAAUUCGUUGAACUGCACAGGUAGUUCCAGGUCAGUUUAAUCACGUUCUAUAUUAAUGCGUUUCCUAUAAACAUUGGUAACCAUAGUAACAUACAGUUACAGUUGAAUAGUAAUACAGACGAAAAUAACCGUCAUUUUUAUCAUUCCGGUCAAAUAUUGCAGCACAAAUAUUAUUAACAUCUUUAAUAUGUAAAUGCUGGGAAAUGACCAUGGCAUAAAUGGGAUAAUCAACGGCUAGCUGUGCAUUAAACAAUUUGAAUGCACUUUGCGGAGGCAACCACGUCGUGCAUUCAAAUCGUUUAAUGCACAGCUAGCCGUUGAUUAUCCCUUACAUAAAUCCUUGAUUAAUAUGAAUAUUUUAAUUAAAAACGUGUCUCCACGUACUAUUCAAUAAAAUUCUAGUGCAUUUAAUCUAUUAAAUAACAGCAGAGUGAGCGAGUUUUUGCAUAUGGUAAGAUUAAACUUAUUUUAGUGAAUAAAGUACCACAUUUCAGCUAUUGUUUUGCUUCUAGGAAAUCCUCAAUCUAUAUGCUUUCUAACAGCUUCAUGCGGCCGUAAACAUUUAAUUUUAACGUGGCUUUAAGCAGUAUGCAUCAUUAAAGUUUCAUUUUCACCACGUAAAGCCGGUAAAUGUGGUGUUUACAUGGAGUAAUGAGUUUACCUUAUGGUCCGAACCCAAAGUCUCUUAUCAGUAGGAAAGCGAUAAAACGAGCUUCUUCCAUCCAAAAACUUGCAUUUCUUUUGCAUUUGCGACUUGCAAAUGUUGCAUUCCGGGGCAAAGCAAAAAAAACAUUGUCGAACAACAAUAUAAAAUGCGGGAAACUAUUCAUUGGUUCUUCUACAAUGAAUUGUAUUACAAAUUAUACUACAAUUGGAAAAUACAAUUGAUAAACUGUUCGGCGUGAUGAUGUUGAAUGUCUCCAACAGUGCCUGUAGUCCAAUUUAGCCAGUGUAGACCCAUUUAGCAACUUUUUUUAAGGAACGUAACAGUGUUUUAUGUGUUUUAUGUCAUAGAAUAAAACGUGAAAGUAUCUUGAGCCUGUGUGAACCACGGACCUUAUUUUAGGGAUUUAACCAAAAUCCCAUUCAAAAAACCCAUUGACUCUGGGACGUUGGAACCGGAAGCGCUAAAAUGCACUCGCUUCCGGGUUUUUGCCUACAAAGUGACAUCAUAGUUCCACCACUCUAUUCUCCAGCUCGUUGUAGCAGGAUGGAUUCUGAUUGGCUGUCAAUGUUUGUAUCGUUCUUCAGCUGGAAAAAAUCGUUCUGAAAGUGAUUCCAAUGAUAUCGUUUCUCUGUGCCUUUAUCGUUAUAGUUGUGGUGUGGACUCUGCUAUUCUCUAAUAUUGAGAACGAUUUUUAGAACUAUAUCUUUAUUGUUAUCUUUAUAGUUAUCGUGCUUGGUGUGAACGGGCCUUUACUUUAGCCUUCUGUUUAAACUUUUAAAAAUUAUAUCAAAAUUUGUUUAAAAUUAAUUUAAAACAGUUAAGAAUAGGAAAUGAUUAUACAUAAAAUACAGUGCAAUCAGUUCGGACGUAGCACAGUGCUCAUUCAACAAAUGCACAGCUAAACAGAUGAGUUUUGAGUCUGGAUUUAAAUGUGGCUAAUGUUUUAGCACAUCUGAUCUCUUCUGGAAGCUGAUUCCAACUGCGAGCGGCAUAAUAGUUAAAAGCUAAUAGCUAAAAAGUUUUGUGUGAACCCUUGGUAUUUCUAACUGACUCGAUCCUAAUGAUCUGAGUGGUCUGUUAGGUUUAUAUUCAGUGAGCAUAUUUGCAAUGUAUUUAGGUCCUAGGCCAUUGAGUGAUUUAUAAAUGAGUAAAAGUACACAAAGCUAUUGAUAUGUUACUUUGAAUCCUUAGUAAUUUUUGCACUGAAAUGGACUGUGCGGAGACUGAAAAUUACUGUAAAUGUUUUGUAUUAAAGGACCCAUAUUGUCAAAACUGAGAUUUCUUGGCUUUUUUCAUGAUAACUGAGGUCUAGGGGCUAUGUAUCUACCAUAUAAGUUUCAAAACAGUCAAUCCACAGUAAAAUGCACACAGCCUGCAUAAAGUAGCUGUGCCUUUUCACAAACCCUUGUGACUUCCGUAAAAAUGUGACGUCCGAACUACUCAGCCACCAUCCCGAGCACUGCCCACCGCCCUUUUGCCAAACCCCCAGACAGCAUCGCGUCCAUGCCAUUGCUGAGCAACAACAACACGGAAACAUGUCGAAAAGGUUAACUUUAAAGGGGUCAUCGGAUGCCCAUUUUCCACAUGUUGAUAUGAUUCUUUAGGGUCUUAAUGAAAAGUCUAUAACAUACUUUGGUUAAAAUUUCUCAAUGGUAGUGUAAAAACAUUUUUACCCUGUCAAAAUCAGCUCUGUUUUCGUCAAGCCGUUUUUUUUGUCCAUGUUGGUUUAAAUGCUAAUGAGCUCUGCUGACCCCGCCCCUCUCUUCCGUGGGGUGACGAGCAGUACUGUUUACUUAAGCCGCAAAACUGGCUAACUAGCACAUUAUUAGGAAAGGCGAUUUGCAAAGAAUUCAUAAAAAACCCUUAUACUCACUUCUUCUGUAGAUGAAGCUGGAUCACGAAUGAUUCACGCGAACAUAGACGCAUUUAAGCAGAUCGGGAUCGGCGCAUUCACUUCAAAGAAAAACGUUAAUCCUCUGCGUCUUCAGCGGCUCAGAUGUCGGGAGUUAAUGAUGACUGCUAUAUUCAUUAUUACAUCCAACCAGAGGCGUGGGAAGUGGGGGUGAUCAGGGUGCUGCAGCACCCUCUGUUUUUUUCUGUGGGCAACUGUUUAACUGUUGGGAAUAAAAUAAAAUAAAAAUCGGAGUGUGUAAGUGCAAACAGCCCGGUUGUUGGCAGAGGCGUUUUACACUAACUCCACCCACAAAGGUAUGAUUGGGAUAGUCAAAUUUGCAAAAGACGUUUGUUAAUUGUCAGAUUCAGUGGCGCAGAUAGUAAAGUGUGUGUCACGCUCCUUUUGACAAGAUCGACCGGGGUUCGAAUCUACCUUUUGGCCAACUUUUUUUUCUCCGUUUUCAAAUUUCAAAUCACAUCAGAAAAGCAUUUAUUUUUUAAUAAAAAUGAAGGAAAUAAUCAAAAAGUUGAAAAUAAAGUAUCGGUUAGGGUAGGUGUAGGGAGGGCUUGUCCCAAUAAGGUGGCAUCCAUUUAAUAAUUUGAAAUAAAAUUUAAAAAAAUACACUCAAUAAGUUAUUACAAUUUUUAUAAUGUAUUACAAUACUGAGGUGCAAAUAAUUAACCACUAUUUGCAAUAAGUAAUUAGCAGAAUAUCCUGCUAUUUUAAAGGGGUGGUUUACUGCGAUUUCACUUUUUUCAUUUUAAAUAGUGUGUAAUGUUGCUGUUGGUGCAUGAACAGUAUCUGCAAAGUUGCUGCGCUGAAAGUUCAACGUAAGCGGAGAUAUCUUCUUUUAAAAAUCAGGAAGUAUAAUGCCUACAAAAACGACUCCUAUGGGACUACAACGAGAUACUUCCCAGGUUGCAUACGUAAUAAACCCAUAAAUUUGCAUCAACCCCUCCCUCCCGAACAUGCCAAAGAGGGGGCAAGGCCAUGUUCUGCGGCUUUGUCGAAGAGGAAGAGUUAUAGUGGAGAGUUGUAGCCAUGCCGUCGAAACGGUGUUAUUUUCACCCAGCUGUCAGGUCUUCUGUGUUUGGGCUUCCUACGGAUGCUGUGGUUCGUCAACAAUGGUUAAAAUUUAUGUUUGAUUAUGUUCCUGACCAUUACAAUCCUAAUUUAGCUCUCUGUGCUGCGCAUUUUACGGAAGACAGCUUCCAGAAUCUACACGAGUUCAAUGCCGGAUUCACACAGAAACUAUUACUAAAACAUGGAGCGGUUCCAACUUUAAAACCAGAGGCAGCAGUUGUUGGGCCACAACCUGUAAGUAAGAUUUCAUAAUUUUAAAUGUAUUUGCAUGUAUAAUUUCAGAUGUAAUGUUUUAGUUUUAUCAAGGACGUAAACACAUGCCAACGCUGGCUUUAGUAGCCAGUUAGUUAAAUGCUAUUUCGUGUGUCUAUGACAAACGCGUACAAACAUUUUGGACCCGAAUUUGUAAUUAUGUACUAAUUUUGUAAAUGUAUUUUCCAUGUAUACUUUAUGAUGUAAUUUUUCGAUUUGAUCAAGAACGUAAACACAAGCCAACGCUGUUUGGUUAUAAUAGCCAUUUAGUUCGAUGCUAUUUUGUGUGUAUAAGACAAACGUGUAGGAACUUCAAAAAAUUAUAUGUAAUCCAACAGCAAACUUCCAUUCAGAAACGCUUUGUAAGAGCCGUGCUUGCCGAAGUUCUGCUUGACUCUCUUCAUUACCGCUUUCUGGGUCUGAUUCUGGCUCAAACUGAUACGGCAAUAUUGACACCAUUAUUUACAUUUGACCGGAGCACAUGCAACUGUCGCCCGUGAAGGUAAUGGGCGUGAAGUUUCCGGACAAUGUGCAGUACGCAGUUUAGCCAAUCACAACACACCGGCCCAACUAACCAAUCUGAGCCCAUUGCCUGUUUCUGAGGGAGUGGUUUCAGAGAAUCAGGAAGUCAACCGGUCGUUCAAAUGACAGAGGAGAAAGCGGCUUACAAUAAAGGUGAAAUAUAUGAAAAAUAAGGCAUUUUUUAACAAACGAAACACGAAGACAUGUUAUAUUGCACCCCAUAAACACAAUCAAGCAAAGAAAAAAAGCAGUAAACCAACCCUUUCAGGGGUGC